AAAUGCUGCUGCUCGCAGUGCGUUUCUCACCGGAUACUCUAGCGGACGCUCUUUUGUCUUUGUUCGGUUUUUUUCUCUCUCUGUAUACACGGUUGACUUGUCGCGAGUUUAGAUUAUAUAUGCACAUGCAGCGCAAGAUGUCGUGGUCAGUGAUCUGGACCACGGCGGCGAUUUUUUUCGUCGUCGGUGUCACGUGUCUGCCCGUAGACGUACCCGUUCCAGCAACAGAAUUAUUGCCUCCGUUCGAGGACGAUUAUCUGCCCCAGACGCCGGCUACGGAAUUGCUGCCCCCGAAAUUCAACGGCGAUGACGAUGGCCUGCCGACCUUGGCCACGGAUCUGGUGCCGCCACCUCUGCCCAGCGACGCGACCGAGUCCACCAGUCUCGAGCUGAAGAGAAAAAAUCCUCUGGCGCUCUUUCUCAUCAAUGUUUACGCCGUAAAAAACCACACGGCCGAGGACGACAACGACGUGUUGCACAACGAAAUUAUAGACGAGGUGCCCAAAGACGUCGAUGAACCUCUCGCUGUAUUCUUGCUCGUCGUCGAGGACAAAGACGAGGAUCACCCGGUGGAUCUGGACGAAGUGGCCGAGGACCUCAAAGCCGAGGGCUUCGACAUCGAGAAGGUCCAGUACCACGGCCAGACUCGCAUCGUCAAGGUGAAUCUCGAGUCCGCCGAGACGUUGGUCGACGCCGCGGAGAUCGACAGCUCUCUGUCGAACGCGAUUCAGCGCGCGGCCGAGAACUCCGAGAAGAAGAGCGAAGAGAAGGCGGAGGAGGAAAAACGCGACGAGAGCGAAAUCGAACAGGCCGGAAAACUCAUGAAGGUUCGCAGGAAGAGGCACAUCUGCCUGUCGUGCAUGGUCGAGGAGAUGAAGGCGAAGAAGUUCCACAAAGGCGGCGGCGGUGGCGGCUGUAACGGAGGCUGCGGGGGCGGAGGUGGCUAUUAUCCUGCCCAACCCGUUCAAGUUCAACCGGUGUACGUUGUUCCCGUUUACGGCGGUGGUGGCGGUCACAGACCCCAACAGGGCUAUUGUAACACGUGCGCUCAGCAGCAACCAUACUACCAACAAGGAGGUGGCCAGGCUUUCGCUCAGGCCAGUGCUCAAGCCUCGGCCACCAGCUACGGCAAAUAGACUUAAAAUUGGAUAAGCUAAAACACUUGUAAAUGCAGUGCAUUUAUUCAUACUCACUAGAUUUGAUAUAAAAGUUAAUUUUAUUUUGUAAGUCUAUAAGUGUAACCCUUUUGUAUUAUAUUAAUUGAUUUUGGAAAUUAAAUCGAUGUAUGACAACGAA